GGACGCCAGAAAGACCAGAGAGGAUUCCUCCCCUUUCUCUGCCCUCAUUCCCCCUUAAGAAGAUGCCAGGAAGCAGCCAAGGAAUCAGACCACCUUAAUAGGAGAGUAAUGGCUGGGCUGGCAGCCUAGUCCCACCUCUCCUGUUCCUGCUCCUGCUCCUCCUCCUCUCCCUGCGCUGGGAGAGAGUGAGAAAGAGAGAACCAGAGCGAGUCUGGCAGGGUUGUCACUAGCUGUUGCCAUGACAAGCAUUUUCUGAAGAAAGAUCAGCCGUUGAGACCGUCCAGAGCUGGGGGCCCACUAACUUGCCAGGACAAACCCUCUGCAAAGAGUAAGGGCCAACGAAACCCACCCCAGCCUCUCCUCCACCCGUUUUCUUCCAGGGCUCCCAAGGACCUUCUCCCUUGGAGGGCCAGAGUAGGAGACCCAGCCCACUCUCAGACCCGAACCGGGAAGGCGAGCAAGCAAACAGGCGUCUUUAGCAAUUAUUACUAUAUUAGGAGGGCCGGUGGGUGGUCCUGCCCACCCCACCCCUUCACUCUAUGGAAGCCCGCUGGGAGAUUCCCGCUUGGAGAAGUCUGGAUUAUUGCUAGGAGGAGAGGUACCUUCGAUCUCCAGGGAGCCUUCCUCCUUGCCUUCAUCUUGACCUGCGCCCCCGCUACCUCCUCAUCCCAGGCCAGGCUCCACCUUUGCCAAGGAUGCCUCCGUGGUGACAUAUACCUCCUGUUUGUACCUGGCUCCCAAGAAGUCAAGUUAGCCAGGCCCAGGGCCUAGGAAAGCCAAUCUCCACUACACGGGCCCGUCCGGCACCUCUCCCUUCCCCCAUCCCUGUGGGGCGCCCCCAGCCCCAGCCCCAGCCCCCACAGCUAGGAAGGGGGCCAGGGCCUCCUGGGCCUGAGUCCUGCCCCUACUUCUGCCACCCUCCAGCCAGGGCUGUGUCCUUCAGACACAUGAAGAGUACUCAGGGUUACCUCGCCAACUCAACGAGCACCAUGGCCACGACCAAGGACUUUGGCUGCACCGUGAUGGAGCUGCGGCACCUCAUGGAGCUGCGCAGCAGUGAGGCCGUGGCCCACAUCGACGAGCACUAUGGGGGUGUGCUGGGCCUCUGCGAGAAGCUGCAGACCUCGCAGGUCGAAGGACUGUCUGGGAACCCUGCAGAUCUGGAGAGACGCAAGCAGGUGUUUGGACAAAACUUCAUCCCCCCUAAAAAGUCCAAGACCUUUUUAGAGUUAGUGUGGGAGGCUCUACAAGAUGUCACACUCAUCAUCCUGGAGAUUGCAGCAAUCAUCUCCCUGGGCCUGUCCUUCUAUCAUCCUGCUGGUGAUGAAAAUGAGACAGAGUGUGGGCAAUCCAAAGUUAGUGUGACAGAUGAAGGAGAGACAGACACUGGCUGGAUCGAAGGGGCAGCUAUCCUAUUUUCAGUCAUCGUUGUGGUGCUGGUGACGGCCUUCAAUGACUGGAGCAAGGAGAAGCAGUUCCGGGGCCUACAGAACCGUAUUGAGCAGGAACAGAAGUUUGCUAUUAUCCGCAAAGGCCAGAUCAUCCAGUUGCCUGUGUUUGACGUUGUGGUGGGAGAUAUCGCCCAGGUCAAAUAUGGUGACUUGUUGCCUGCAGAUGGGAUCCUGAUCCAAGGGAAUGAUCUGAAAAUUGAUGAGAGUGCCCUAACUGGAGAGUCUGACCAUGUCAAGAAGGCUCUAGAGAAAGACCCCAUGCUACUUUCAGGGACCCAUGUGAUGGAAGGGUCUGGCCGGAUGGUAGUGACUGCAGUGGGCGUGCAUUCCCAAACUGGAAUCAUUUUCACCCUUUUGGGGGCAUCACAGACUGAUAAGGGGAAGAAGGAAAAAACCGGUAAAAAACAAGGAGCCCCUGAAAAUCGCAACAAAGCUAAGACCGAAGAUGGUGUGCCUCUAGAAAUCCAGCCCCUGAAGAGCCAAGAAGGCUUAGAGGAAGAAGAAAAGAAGAAGAAGAAGAAGGGGCCCAAGGAAAAGUCAGUGCUACAGGGCAAACUGACACGCUUGGCUGUUCAGAUUGGGAAAGCUGGUCUUUUCAUGUCUGCUCUCACAGUUCUCGUCUUGAUACUGUCCUUUCUGAUCAACACGUUUGCGGUGCAAGGUCAGAGUUGGAACGUGGAAUGCAUCCCCAUCUACGUCCAGUACUUUGUCAAGUUCUUCAUCAUUGGGAUCACUGUGCUUGUAGUGGCCGUACCAGAAGGGUUGCCUUUGGCUGUCACCAUCUCGCUGGCCUAUUCCGUCAAGAAAAUGAUGAAGGAUAAUAACCUCGUGCGUCACCUGGAUGCCUGUGAGACUAUGGGGAAUGCGACGGCCAUCUGCUCAGACAAGACAGGCACACUGACCUUGAACCGCAUGACGGUGGUGCAGGCCUUCAUAGGGGACACUCACUUCAAGGAGGUCCCCAGCCCAGAUGUCAUUGCACCCAAUACUCUGGACCUCAUCGUUAAUGGCAUCGCCAUCAACAGUGCCUACACAUCCAAGAUCUUGCCUCCAGAGAAGGAAGGAGGGCUUCCUCGGCAGGUGGGCAACAAGACAGAGUGUGGUUUACUGGGCUUUGUCAAAGACCUGAAUCACGACUACCAGGCAAUAAGGAAUGAGGUGCCGGAGGAGAAAUUCUACAAAGUCUACACCUUCAAUUCAUCACGCAAAUCAAUGAGCACAGUUAUCCAGAAGCCAGAUGGGACUUUUCGAAUGUACAGCAAGGGGGCCUCGGAGAUGAUCCUGAAAAAGUGCCUCUGGGUCCUGGACAAGAAUGGGAACCCCCAGACGUUCAGGUCCAAAGAACAGGAUAGUAUGGCACGCUUUGUGAUUGAGAAAAUGGCCUGUGAGGGGCUUCGCACCAUCUGUCUUGCUUACCGAGACUUUGAAGAGGAGCCUGACUGGGAGAACGAGCAGGAGGUCCUCAGUAAGCUGACCUGCAUCUCCGUGGUUGGCAUUGAAGACCCUGUGCGCCCAGAGGUGCCUGAAGCCAUCCACAAGUGCAAAGGGGCCGGCAUCACCGUCCGAAUGGUGACAGGAGACAACAUCAACACAGCCCGAGCCAUUGCCACCAAGUGUGGCAUCCUGACUCCUGGUGAUGACUUCCUGUGCUUAGAGGGCAAAGAGUUCAACCGACUUAUCCGAAAUGAGAAGGGUGAGGUGGAGCAGGAUGAGUUAGACAAGAUAUGGCCCAAGCUUCGAGUGCUGGCCCGAUCAUCCCCUACUGACAAGCACACACUCGUGAAAGGCAUCAUUGACAGCACUGUGGGGGACCAGCGGCAGGUGGUGGCUGUUACUGGGGAUGGUACCAAUGAUGGGCCAGCCUUGAAGAAAGCAGACGUCGGCUUUGCCAUGGGCAUUGCAGGUACAGAUGUGGCAAAGGAGGCGUCAGACAUCAUUCUAACAGAUGACAACUUUACCAGCAUUGUCAAGGCGGUGAUGUGGGGUCGAAACGUCUACGACAGCAUUUCCAAGUUUCUGCAGUUCCAGCUUACUGUCAAUGUGGUGGCUGUGAUUGUGGCCUUCGCUGGGGCCUGUUUCAUUCAGGAUUCCCCACUGAAAGCUGUGCAGAUGUUGUGGGUGAACCUGAUCAUGGAUACUUUUGCCUCCCUGGCCCUGGCUACUGAACCACCCACAGAGUCAUUGCUGUUGAGACAACCCUAUGGCCGAGAUAAGCCACUGAUCUCCAGGACUAUGAUGAAAAAUAUCCUGGGACACGCCAUCUUCCAGCUGAGCGUCGUCUUUACCCUUCUCUUUGUUGGUGAAAAGUUCUUUGACAUUGACAGCGGGAGGAAAGCCCCCUUAAACGCCCCACCCUCCCAGCACUAUACCAUUGUAUUCAAUACCUUCGUGCUAAUGCAGCUCUUCAAUGAAAUCAAUGCCCGAAAAAUCCAUGGUGAGAGGAAUGUCUUUGCAGGCAUAUACCGUAACCCCAUCUUCUGUUCUGUGCUGGUGGGCACAUUUGUCGCCCAGAUCCUGAUAGUGGAAGUCGGGGGCACACCCUUUAACUGCACACACCUUUCCUUGAGCCAGUGGCUUUGGUGUCUUUUCAUUGGGAUUGGAGAGCUGGUUUGGGGCCAGCUAAUCAACACAGUGCCUACUUCAAGACUGACUUUCUUGAAGGAGGCUGGGCAUGCCACCACUAAAGAAGAAAUCACCGAGAAAAACCUGGCUGAGGGACUAGAGGAAAUUGACCAUGGAGAAAUGGAGCUGCGCCGUGGCCAGAUUCUCUGGUUCCGGGGCCUGAAUCGCAUCCAGACUCAGAUCGAGGUAGUUAACACAUUCCAGAUGGCAGUCGGCUCUUAUCACAGAGCCCUGAGGAGACAGAACACCACGAGUCUGCAAGAUAUAAAACCUGUUUGUACCCCAACUCUUAUCAAAGUCGUGAAAGCAUUCCGUAGCUCCCUCUUUGAAGGCCUUGAGAAACCCGAAACCCGAAGCUCUAUCCAUAACUUCAUGACUCAUCCCGAGUUCACCCUGGAAGAAGAUGAGCCAAGAAUGCCACUCCUAGAUGGCAGCGAGGAUGAAGAUAGCAAAGAGCCUGGGACAGACAGAUUCCCCAAGGCUACUGGGAGCAAAGAACCCCCAUCUUUUCUAUCCAGCAAUGAAAACUACAAUGCUUUGGACUCUAGCCCAGUGCAUAUCACAAUAUCCAACUCAGACAGCACCUUACACAGCCUGGAGACAUCAGUUUGACCCUUAGAACUCUAGCUUCCAUCCCUGAUUUCUUUCAUUUCCUCCCUUAUCUGCCCCUUUCAUGUGAUAUCCAUGUGAUAAUGGAGUUUUUUAUUGUCAUGUCAACUGCUCCUGUGUGUGCACCAGGUGUGGAUUCUCACCCAACCAUUAGAGGCAAGAGCAGACACAUUCAGGGACACCCAAUUGAACUCUGAAUUGGUGUUUGGGGUCAGGGGCUUCAUAGCUGAUGCAAGCAGUGCUGGGGUCUCCUCAUGUUGGGCUCUGUAAAUCAAUAGUGGUUUUUAUUAGCAUUUUUUAAAGAAAGGCAACAGCCCUUGUCAGCCCCCCAAAAUGAUUUCCUGUAUGUAGGCAUAGAACACAGGAAAACCUCUUGGCUCCUAUGAGGCAGUGUGAGCUGUUAGCUAAACAAGGAUACAGAGGGAGAAAAAAAUAUCUAAAAGGAAAUAUAUAGGAUUGGGGUGGGAAGGGAGGGGAGAAUGGGAUUUGCAGAAUCAGCCUAUAGACAAUGAUUGCUUUUAAAUAAGUCUUCCAUUUUGAAAAUUUCUACUUAAGCUCCUUAGCUCUUUCAGGCCUUCCUUACCUAUCUCUUCUGAGUUCUUUUUAUGCCUUUCCUCCCCUCUUCCCUACCUCUUCUCUCAGUGAUAAUAAGAGAGUAAGGAAAAUGCUGAGUGAAUUGAGUGACCGGGUCACAGGUUAGUUUGCCUCGGUUUAACUGAACUCCCUUCUGCCUCUGGAGCCAAGGGAGACUUCAGUUCUGGUUUGUGGAACCAGUUUGGGUCCUGAAAGGAUUCCAUUUGAACAGUAAAGUAACAAGCAAUUUGGGUGUGUUGUGUGUAUGUGUUUGCCCUGUUGGUGUAAUGUGCCUUCUUCUCGAAACUGCCAUGUGGUCAGAAAGGGGAGAGGCCAGUUUUUAAAUGUCAGAGAAAAAGGCCUUGACUUUGGAGAGGGUCAUGCUUUGAGUGGUAGGUAGUGCUGGAUCUGACUUUGCUCCAGCUGGACACAUACGAGGGCCCAGAAACUAGCAGAUCUUGGGCAAGAUAAGCCAUUAGAGUAGAGAGAAUCAGAUUGGGUUUUCUGUCUAGCAUGACCCUUGGUACUUGCAAAGCAGUCUGCCAAGGCUCUGCUAUCUCAGGGUGUCAGGAUGGGUAAGGACAUCAGUGUUUAAGGAACUCUCAGGAGAGGAUGAGGAAGGUUGUUCAAGUCAGAGCCUGGGCAGGCCUUGAUUCACAGUGUUUAGAAGAUCAGGGCCUAACUGCCUAAUUACCAGCUUUGACUCCCCUGUGAUUUACUAAGUCUGUUUCCUUGCAGUCCUGUGCCCCCUGAGGAGUCUCCAGCACACCCCAGAACUUAGCUUUAAAACUACCUAUAAUCAACUAGGUGCUCCAGUAGUAUUUGGCUAAUUAAGGCAGCAAGAGGAGCUCACCCUCUCACCCUUGGUUCUCCACACACCCCACCCCACUCCCGUGACCUUUCCAGCAAUGAGCUCUAACCGCUGCUACCCAGUAAAGCCCUGUGCCUUCCCCCACCACUACCGUCACCCCACCACUGCCCAAAGCCUUUCAGCUUGGCACUCGGGAGUUAGAGACUUUGAUGAGAGAUUUUUUUUUUAAGUGUUUCUUAACAAGGAUGAAAUGGAGCUGCGCUUUCUGGGAGCUCCAUUUUUGUUCCUGCUGACGUUGACUGAUGCUUUUCUGAGCGUGGGUCUGGCCUAUCACUCCUAUUCGCCACUUUCCGUCUCCAGUGGAUGAUGGAAGCGCCACCAAGAAAGAGGGAUGGGAAAAGGUGGGGGGGACCUCAAAGCUCUAAUAAACUGCCAAAUCACCAAAUGCUUUUCUAAUUGUGAGGAGGAUCCUCCUGCUCUCGCCCUUCCUCCCAGAGUACCUCUCUGCCAGUUUUCACUUGAGCUUAUAACUUGGGAGACAUAAGGAAAUAAAACAUUGCUUACUCACGGCUACAUCCCCCAACACUACAUAAUCCAUCAACCUAGGAAAUAAAAGGAAUUUUGGUUUGGUUUUUAGAGGUUAUAUGCUUCAGUAAUCAUUUUUCCUAUAUUAAAUAAAGGUGGAAAACAGCUCAGUUCACCCAAGGUGGUGUUAGGAUCUCGAAUAUAUGUGUGUAUGUAUGUAUACAUAUAUACAUGUAUAUGUAUGUAUAUACAUAUGUAUUAAAAACACAUUGGGAGAUACUGAUUUAGUUGUGUCAAAUCUUUAUUACCUCAGAUAUGUUUAAAAACAACUCUGGAGGCUACUUUACCAUAUUCAUUCCCUAAAGAUUUUCUAGGUGCCUGACAGGUUACCCUUGAGGGCCUUGUCUGCUUUCUAAAGGCAAAGUUUUUUUUGUGUUCUAGUUUCCAUAGUAAAAGAGAGAAUAUAUAAAUAUACAAAUAUAUAUAUAGUUUUCUUUAGAUCAGAAACUGAUAUUUUUGAGUCAGCCAUAUGUAUUUUGUUUAAAAGGAUUAAAAAUAAAGAGCUGUCAUGUGGCCCAGCUGAAGGGCUCAUGUAAACCAGCUGUUUGAUGGGACAGGUGACUUAGUAUACCUUUGAUGGGUUCUAAAGGCCAAUUAACUACUUCCUUUCUCCAAACAGCCAUCUUUGUACUUAAGAAAAAAGAAAAAAAAAUUAGUUGGGUUCUAGAGAUGUUUUUUAUAUAAAUUAUAUUGAUAUGGCUGGUUGAGUAAGUUUAAACAUUUGUGUGCAUACUUUUUUAUGUAAAAUUGUUUUCUGUUUAGUUUCAGUGAUACAACUGGCAACAGGUCAAUGUGGCUUAAGUUAUUCAAGAAAAUUCCCUCCCUCCCUUCCCCCCCAAAAAGUAAAAUGGUGCUUUAGACUUGAAAUGGGUAGAGUAGGGUGGAAAGGGAUGGGGAAGAGUGAGGUUUCCAUUUUCGAUUUCUCUCUAGAUAGGUCAUGAAGCAUAAGGAGGGGGAUUAGUCUGCUAAUGGAAAGGGAAAACAUUCAGCAAGAAGCCCUGUGCCAGAUGGGAGAUGGACUCCUACCCCCAUGUAAUCAAUUGGAUUGUCAGCUCUUCUCACAGAGUUUUCAGAAGUCAGGGGCCCCUUAUUGGCUUUUGUUUUCUUGGAAGUAAUUGGCAGAUUGGUACCAAAGACAUUUACAUCUCUUCUAGUCUGCGAGGGUGAUCUCUUUUAGAGUUUACAACUUCUGUAGUCUUUUCACUGUUUGUAUAUCUGGGUUUUAACAUUAAUACAUAGCAUGUAGAGAGGGUUUUUAACAUGAGAAUAUGAAUGUUUUCCCCCAGAAAGGUUUUGUGCUCAACAAGGAAGGAAAUAUCUACCCCAAACAGGAAAAACAAAAACUGGUUCUAGUCAUGGUUGUCCGUCUCGGGGAACUGUCUAGACAGGACUCUCCCCUGUCCUCUAUGACCCUCUUCCUCAUUUAAGAAUUGGAGAUUCAUCUCAGAACCUCUUGGGGGAGCUCGGUGGACUCCUUUUAACUUCAACUUUUUUCAGUUUCUUUCCCUCUAUCCCCCCCGACCCAAGUCGAAGAAGGGAAAGUUUGUACAGUAGAAUUUCAAACCACUAAAACCUAGAAAAGGCCUUGGCAUGUGGAGCUCACAUGUACCAUGAGACCUCCUGCAUGAGUCCUGUUUCCUACCAGUCAGUGGUGCCAUUCCCAAAUAUCCUUGGUCCCACGCCCACCCCCUACGUCUUAUGGGACAUCUCACUGUAGCAAGAGGGGGUUACCUGUAAACCUUAUCCUUCAAUCAUUCCAAGCUUCUUUCCCUUUUAAUAGACCAAAUCCCUUUAUUUAGCUCACUACCAUCCCUGUCUUAAUUUUGCCCUUUGUCAGCCCUACCACACCAUCUCCUCUUCCUAGGUGAAGUUUCCUAAGAGGAAGAUGUAUGAAGAUGAGCUCAGGUCACCCUCCCAUGACUAAAUGGGCCUUGAUAAACAUUUUCCAUAUCUAUACAUAUAUAUGCAUAUAGGUAUUUUAUAUAUAUGACAUAUAUAUGUGUGUUUGCCAAUGAAUCUAACUCUUAGGUCUUUCUUUUGCAAGCAGCAUGCAAAUAGGAGUUCUGAGUUUCUUUUUUUUCCCCAGUAACUCAUAGCAAGCACUGGUAUUUUUGUAUAAAAAGCAAAAAAAACAAAACAAAACAAAACAAGAGACUAAGUAUUUGUGGUAUGCAUGACAUAAAAAGUAAAUGGUGGUUUCAAAGCAGUAUGUACCCUGGUGUGUGUGGCCAUAUUCUGCAGUUCUGCUUAACAGUGCACCCAGUCUGUACCUGCAUUCUGAUAUUAUUUAAGCUCUAUGUACAAUGUUUUGCAUGUAUUUAUAUGGUUCUUGGGGAAAAAAAUGGAAUGAACUGUCAACACUUCUGGAAACAUUGAAACUUAAACUUGUCAGUUUACUGAGAUGAGAAGACUGAAAGAGAGGAGACAUUUAAAUAAGAAGAGAUAAUUUUAUUUUAUUUUUGGGGGAACCAAUAAUGCUUUUUGCUAUUGAGCAGAAACAAAUGCCGCUGUACACUGAGAAUAAAAACCCCAUGCCCACUUGUAA